AUGGCGAUCCCCACUUUGAACUACUUCGACGGCCCGGGUCGUGCCGAGGCGUCUAGGUUGGCGUUCCAUGUUGGAGGUGUGGAGUUCAAAGACCGCCGCUUUACGCACGAGCAGUGGGGCGCAGAGUACAAGGCGAAGGCGCCGACAGGCCUUGCUCCUUGGCUCGAGCUGGAAGAUGGGUCUUAUAUUGUAGAGAGCAAGGCGAUCUUGAUGUACGCUGCAAACAUGGCAGAUCUUAUCCCGAAAGAUCCGGUAGAAGCGGCAGUGGCUGAGCAGGCCUGCGGCAUCAUGGAAGCUUGCUAUGGUCCCCUUAAAAGCCUAUACAUGAACACAGAAGUUGAGAAAGCGAAGGUUGAGCUGGCUGAAAAGCUUAGUGUUGCCGACAAGGUGAUUGCCACUAGGCAGUCGGAAUCAACUGGCUUUAUCUCCAACGCCGGAUUUUCUUACGCCGACCUGUUUGUUUUCACAUUCGUCUUGGGAGUGACUACGCGCUUCCCGGAUGCCAUGAAUAUCGAGGAUUAUCCCCACCUGAAGAAGGUCUACGAGGCUGUCAAGGCAUACCCGAAGGUCGCUGAGUAUUACAAAAGCCGACAGUAA